GGCAUGUAGGAAAGAAGGAGGAGGAGGAGGAGGAGAAUUAGUGUGGCAUAGUGUUUUGUGUGGAAGGCCAACGUGCUUUCGACUUCUCUUCGCAGCCAGGCAGCUCCAGGUAUAUAAAAAUCUAUUACAGCUGAUACCAUGAGUUCCUUUCUAACAAAGAUAUGGCCACUUUCGCAGCGAACUCUAAGAGCCACUUCUGUCUCUACUGGAAAUAUCCAUACCAAAAGUAUGGAUAUGUUCAAGACAGCUGGGUUGACCUGGAAAGAAUCUUCAGCAAAACAUGUGAGCCAAACAAAAUCCCGAGGCAUAGAUAUCAUCCGCAACCCAAGAAUAAACAAGAGCCUGGCUUUCACGUUAAGGGAACGUCAGAUAAUGGGUAUUCAUGGCUUGCUGCCUCCCUGCAUCAUCACUCAAGAUCAGCAAGCUUACCGAGUGAUGGAAAACUUCCGACGCCGUCCCACUGAUUUAGACAAAUAUAUUUAUUUGACAGCCUUACUCGAUAGAAAUGAGCGUUUAUUUUACAAAGUCCUCACAGAACAUGUAGAAGAAAUGAUGCCAAUAGUAUACACCCCGACUGUUGGACUGGCCUGCCAGCAGUAUGGGCUUUUGUUCAGGAGACCAAGAGGUUUAUUCAUCUCCAUUAAAGAUAAAGGCCAUGUAUAUGAUAUCCUAUGCAAUUGGCCAGAUAAUAGUGUAAAGGCAGUAGUAGUUACUGAUGGUGAACGUAUUCUUGGAUUAGGAGAUUUAGGUGCAUAUGGAAUGGGUAUCCCCGUUGGCAAACUGUCACUUUAUACAGCUCUUGGUGGAAUCCAUCCUUCCAAGUGUUUACCAAUAUUGCUAGAUGUUGGAACUAAUAAUGAGGUCAUCCGCAAUGACCCACUGUAUAUUGGACUGAAUAUGCCCCGAGUUACUGGAAAGGAAUAUGAUGAGUUCAUACAUGAAUUUAUGCAAGCAGUUGUUCGAAGAUAUGGACAAAAUACGUUAAUUCAAUUUGAAGAUUUUGCAAACCAUAAUGCUUUUAGAUUACUCCAACAAUAUAGAGACCAAUAUUGUACGUUUAAUGACGAUAUUCAAGGCACAGCGGCUGUUGCAGCGGCAGGAAUAAUCGCUAGUAUGAGAAUAACAAAACGGAAGUUAAUUGAUAAUUUAUUUUUAUUUCAAGGUGCUGGUGAGGCUAAUAUUGGUAUAGCUAAUUUGGUAGCAUUAGCUAUGAUUGAAGAAGGCAGCACUGAAGCAGAGGCUUUCUCUAAAAUAUGGAUGGUUGACUCUAGAGGCUUACUUGUAAAGAAUCGACCAUCUGGAGGUGUGACGGGUCACAAACUUGACUUUGCAAAAGACCAUGCACCUGUUGACACUCUUGACGAAGCUGUAGAAAUAUUGAAGCCUACUGCUAUUAUUGGUGCUGCUGCAGUUGCUGGUGCCUUUACCGAAAAGAUAAUCCGAAAUAUGGCUAAAUAUAAUGAAAGACCAAUAAUUUUUGCUCUGAGCAAUCCUACUAGCAAAGCAGAAUGUACAGCAGAACAAGCGUAUACCUUCAGUGAGGGUCGCUGUGUAUUUGCUAGUGGGAGUCCUUUUAACCCGGUGACACUCAAUGGGAAGACCUAUUACACAGGUCAAGGUAAUAAUGCCUAUAUCUUCCCUGGAGUGGCUAUGGCUGUUCUCACUUGCGGAGCUCGUCAUAUUCCAGAAGUCAUUUUCUUGCAUGCAGCACAGAAAUUGGCCGAUCUAGUGAAAGAUUCUCAUUUGGAAGAAGGACGAGUUUAUCCUCCUUUAAAUGACAUAAAUGAAGUAUCCACAGCAAUUGCAGCAUCUUUAGCAGAAUAUAUGUAUCGUGAAGGUAUUGCUACGACUUACCCAGAACCCGCAGACAAAGAAGCCUUUAUUCGUACAUUUAUCUAUAAUACCGAUUAUGAAGAGUUUGUACCUCCAAUGUGGGACUGGAAAGAUUAAUCCGAACAAAUAGCAAUACUACUCUAAUGUCUUUUGAUUUCUAUUUUUUUGCGUCUGACAAAUCUUGUAAUUGACAACAAGCACUUCCUAUUAAUUCUUUUAAUUGUCCUUGUUUUAAAUUAAUUAAAAAUUGUUUCGGUUGAUUGUUAUAUAAAAAUGGAUCAUAAAUUGGAGUUACUGUAUAAGUAGUUGCCCCCUCGAUAAUGACAUCGAUGUACAAAGCAGCAGCAACAGUGAGAUAAAUGUAGGUGUUUAUUGAUAAAUCUAUGCAUGUCCACCUAUUUAGACAGUAGCAUUCAAUGAUUAAAAUUAUUUUAAUGUA